AUGACUACUCAACUCAUUAAAAUGUCCUUCCAACCUUUCCUUGCUUGCUACGACUCGGUUGAAGAGAAGAAGAAGAGCAGAACGUUCGACACGGAAAUUACCCUCAAACAUCUUGAGAAUCCUAAGAAGAGGAAGAGAGCUUCAUCCAAGGGGGCCGAUGAAUUGCCAUUUGAAGAUUGUUCCGAUAAAGAGCUCAGCCAAAUUCUUAUGGAAUUAACUCGCAAGAUUCAUGCGGAUUGUGAGAAGUAUUUGAAUCCGAAGACGGAAAUUCCUGCUGACAUAAGCAAGAGUUCAGACCCGAUGGUUAUCGAUUCCGAACAUCGUGGAUGGCAGGAACCCGAUUUUACCGCUUGGGGAACUCAAAUCAAUCAUCCCACUUUACAUUCUCCCGAAUAUUCCGAAUGGAUGGUUCCAACACCGCCAUCCGAAUAUAAUCCGGAAUAUAAAUUCUCUCCCACUUUUUCUGAAUACCUAAUUAAGACGAUGCGCGCCGACCAUGAUCAGGGUUUUCCUAAAGGAGUUAAGACUGUCAGCGACUUCUUGACCAACCAUCUAGUUCAGUUGGAAAAGGAUUUGGACCGUGCUUGGCAGACUGCGGAAAUUAAACGCGAAUCUAUUCGAAAUAUUGAAGAAGCAUCCGAUUUCCUAAUUGGUAGAAUACUCCUCGAAGCCGCCUUAGGCAACACUACGGAUGAAGUACACGAGAUGGAACUCGAACUUCAUCAUGCACAAGGACUGCUUAUGGAAUGGUUGGGAAAGGCCGAACAAAAAGUCUGCAAGCCUCACAACAACCCCAUCAAUCUGUGGAACUACCGCAUUUAUCAAGAAAGAAUUUAUUCGAAACUCAAGCGCUUUAGUCUUGAAACUCUCAAAGAACUUCAGCUCGGCUUGGAGAAUUACUGCGAUCAUUAUGCGAUUUAUUUUCUGGGAGAAACUUGGGCAAAUGAGCGCGAAGAGAAAUGGUGGUCCGACCAUUUGACUAAAUAG